AUGAGAUCAAUGCCAAUCCUAACGCCUUGGCAUCGUGACAUGAAGGACAAUGUGAAGAGCCGGGUGAAGGAGCAGGUGGCCGGGCGAACAGGCGCCUCUUGGGAAGAUCGCCUACAAGAGCAAAAAGCCAAGAAGGUUCAAGUGAUGAAGUCAAUUGAGAAGGAACAGAAAGAGCUCAUCAAAGCUGCAACAGAGAAAGGGAUUGAAAAGCAGCAGGUCUACUCUCCGCUCUUGACCCUCCGAUCUGCACCGAAUCUGUCGGCUGAGAAGCAAGCGCAGAGGCUUGAGGAGCGAAAACAAGACAUGUCAGAGAAAGUCCGCUCAUAUGCCAUGCAGCGCCGGGAGAUUUUGGAGAAGAUGCGUACCCGAGAGCCCCUUUUUCGGAUUGAGGAUGUCUCAACAGCCAAGGCACUUCUCGCAGAGGGCCGUAGGAAGAAGCAAGAGGAGCUUCAAAAUGAGGAGAAGAAACGAUGGGAGCACUUGGAGGAGUGUGCAAUGAAAGGAGUCCAGAAAAGGGAUGCCCUCUAUGACUUGCACAACAGCCCAUCUUUCGAUGAGCGUUUGGCGAAGGCCGUCGAGCGCAAGAAACAGGAAUUGAAGGAGCUUGAGAAAAUCCAGAAGGAGCGCAUCCGCGAUGCCAUUGAAGUUGGACACCAGAAGUCUACUUCGGUCUCUCCACUCUUGGGCGUCUUGCGGAAUCCUCCCGACAACGCUGAGAGGACACGGGAGAUCCUGGAAGAGCGCCAGCGAGUGAUGGCCAGCGUCGCCAGGGAGUACUUCCGCAAGCGGGACGACAUGCUCCAGCGUCAGCAAAACCGGACACCGCUGUUCUCGUGUGAGGCAGUGGAGGAUGCACAAUUGCAGUUGGAAGAGCAAGCCCGAAAACGCAAGAAAGAGAUGCAAGCCGAGCAGAUGAAGCAGAGACAACACAUUCAAGAGUUGCAGAACAAGGCCCCAAGCCUCAUGGCGCCCAUUGCGCCGGUUCAGGCCGAAGGAAAGGUGGAGAGGAGAGCCAGCUGGCUCAACACCAACGUCUUUCAGGACCGGCUCAUUGAUGAUGAGGCCAUCGCUGCCAUGAAGACCCUGCAGAUGGCCCGUGCCAUGGAGCUCUUCAAAGAUCUCGAAGAGAAGAAGGAUCAGGUCCAAAAUCCUUCUGGGUAUUUGAAGGCUGCAAUCAAAAGAGAGACGCCACCUGCUGCAUCUUUUCAGGGCAAUGCCCACGAUGAAGGAAAGGUUCAUCGGCGAGCCAGCUGGCUCAAUGCCAACGUCUUUCCAGAUCGACCCAUUGACGAGGAGGCCAUUGCAAUGUUGAAGGCCUUGGGAGCUGCACGUGCCAUGGAACUAUUUAAAGAUAUUGAAGAGAAGAAGGAACAGGUCCGAAACCCCAGCGGCUACCUGAAGACUGCCGUGGCUCGGGAGCCGACGGGCCCGCCUUCGCCGAUGCGCUCGCAGCCCGCGGCCUUGGGACCGGAGGAGAAGAUCUACCGCCGUGGGUCCUGGCUCAAUGCGAAGGUCUUUGCGGACCGGCCCAUUGACGAUGAGGCGCUCGAGGCGGUGAAGUCCUUGGGCAUCCAGAGGGCCAUGGAGCUCUUCAAGGAUGUGGAAGAGAAGCAGGAGAAGGUUGCCAACCCGAGCGGCUACCUGAAAGCGGCAGUGGCUCGUGAGGGCUCAGCUCCUGCAAUGUCCACCUAUCCAACCUACCGCCAGGCUCCAUCGACGGAAGUGGAGGAGGAGAAGAUCCAAAAGAGGGUUACCUGGUUGAACAGCAACAUUUUCCCAGACCGCCGCAUUGACAACGAGGCCAUUGGGGCCAUGUUUGGCCUGGGCAUUGCGCGGGCCUUCGAACUCCUCAAGGAGAUCGAGGGGAAGAGUGCUCAGCUCCGGAACCCCAGCGGGUAUUUGAAGAAGGCCGCUUUGCAAGAGGGCCUCGUCCCUCCAUCUGUGGCUGCUCAGGCGCAUGCCACUGCUGCACCAAAUCAGGAGGACAAGGUUUGGCGGCGAGCCAGCUGGUUAAACAACAACGUCUUUCCUGAUCGGCCGAUCGACGAGGAGGCAAUUGCCGCCAUGUCAAGCCUCAAUGUGGCACGGGCCAUGGAGCUCUUCAAAGAGGUCGAAGAGAAGGCAGCAAAUUUGCGGAAUCCUGGUGGCUAUUUGAAAGUUGCUGUUUCCAGAGAAGGGACACCAACUACAACUACGACCACCAGGAUGCCUUUGCAGGCUGCUACGCUGGACAAGCUGCACAGGCGCAUCACCUGGCUGAACGGGAACGUCUUCACCGCUGCGCCGUUAGACCAAGAGGCCCGAGAGGCCGCUGCCAGCCUUCCGUUGGAGCGCGCGCUCGAAAUCCUGAAGGACCUGGAGGGGAAGAGCACUUCCGUGACUCGGCACUGA